AUGCCCGCGGCGUCCCCGAAGAUGAGCUGUGCCGGGCGCUCUGUGAGAGCCGCUGCGGGGCCGCUCGGAGCGUUUUGGCGGAUCGGACACACUCUCACGCUCCGUGGUGGGCGUCUAGACUCCCACGCUCGCCAUACGGCGACGCCAGGUGGAUUCGGCGCGCGGCCCCUGCAGCAGUGCUCGGGGCGCGGCCGCACGUACGCCUCCGCUGCAGCGAGCACUGCCGGAGCGCCGGCGUUCGGCGCCGCCGCGACGGGCAGGCCGCCGCGCGUGUGCAUCCUGGGCGGGGGGUUCGGGGGGCUGUACACGGCGGUCAAGCUCGGUCAGCUGACGUGGCCCGACGGCAUGCGCCCGGAGGUGACUUUGGUGGACAAGAGCGAGCGGUUCGUGUUCAAGCCGAUGCUGUACGAGCUCAUCAACGACGGCGCGGAGGAGUGGGAGGUCGCGCCCACGUUCCAGGCGCUCCUGGCCCCGACCGACGUCAGGCUGGUGACGGCGUCCGUGGGCGGCGUCGAGGCCGGGGCGGACGGCGUGGGCGGCAAAGUGAAGCUCUCCGACGGAUCUGAGGUGCCGUACGACUGGCUCGUCGUCGCGCUGGGCGCCCGCGCGGACCCGCGCGGCGUCCCAGGCGCCCUCGACCAUGCUAUUCCCUUCAACAGUCUCGAGGACGCCAAAGCCAUCAAGGAGGCCCUGACUCAGCUGGAGCGAUCUGGGCGGUCUGGGCGCGUGUGCGUGGUCGGCGGCGGGUACGCCGGCGUCGAGCUCGCGGCGUGCAUCGCGGAGCGCAUGGGCGCGGCCGGCAAGGUGUCCCUCGUGACGCCGUCCGCCGGCAUCAUGACGGACGCGCCUCGUGGGCAGGCCAAGGCUGCAAGCGAGUACCUGACUCGCGUGGGCGUCGACGUGGUCGCGAACACGCGCGUCGCGCGCAUCAGCAAGCGCGACACGCCCGAGAGCCCGCGCGGGGCGGUCGUAAAGUACGAGGGCGGCGGGCGCGGGGCGCAGAGUGAGGAGUACGACUUGGUUUGCUGGACGGCGGGGCAGGCGCCGUCGACGCGGUCGGGCGACGGCGUGGCGGCGCCGGGGGUGCCGUUCCCGCGUACGGAGUGGGGCGCGAUGGAGACGGACGAGUCCCUGCGGGUCGUGAACCAAAGGCGGGUGUUUGCGCUCGGUGACGUGUCCGCGAAGGUCCCCGGGGGCUCGGGGCGCUCGGAGCAGUUCCCGCAGACCGCGCAGGUUGCGUAUCAGCAGGCGGACUACGUCGCGUGGAACAUUUGGGCCUCGAUCACCGGCAGACCUCUUUUGCCUUUCAAGUAUCAGCACCUGGGCAACAUGAUGUCGCUGGGACGCGACACCGCGGCCGUCGCGCUGCCCUUCGAGCUCCCGAGCGCCGCCCGCGACGCCGUCGCGACGUCGCCGCUCGCGCCGCUGCUGCGGGUCGCCGGCGUCCGCGUCGACGACGAGGUGACGAUCGAGGGCCCGCUGGGCGCCAUCGCGCGCCGCGCCGCGUACUGGCUGCGCCAGCCGACAGACGAGCACCGGCUGAAGGUCGGGGCGUCGUGGCUCCGUGCCGGCGUGCGCGACGCAGCUCAGCGGGGGCCUGCUGCCUCAGGCGCGUGCCGGGAGGGGCGUGGCAGGGGACCGGGGAGUGCGUCGUCGUAG